UUCACUUUGUAUAAACACCAGCUCAUUUGAUUUGAUUAGUUAUGAUACUUCAAAUACAAGUAUACUCGAUCUAAGUCGUUAAAUUAUUUUCAGCAGAGAGAGAGAGAGAGAGCACAUGGAUAUUGUUGAGGAAAGUCCCGCUGGUGAGAGAAAGAACAAGCUUUCAAGAAGAGCGUUGAGCGGAUGUUUUGGGGAGCGGAUGGAAGAGCGUUCGAUCCACGAAUCGAGCUUGGAUAUUGUUGAGGAAAGUCCCGCUGGUGAGAGAAAGAACAAGCUUUCAAGAAGAGCGUUGAGCGGAAUGGAAGAGCGUUCGACCCACGAAUCGAGGUCUGACAAUGAUUCGAUUAGGCUGAGUAGUGAUGAUGAAAAGCUGAUACAAAGCUUGACAGAAGAUCCGACGACUACUGAAAGUGGAGAAGCUAAAAAUGGUCUAAAAAAAUCACAUCCGACGAAGAUACAGAAGGUUCAAAAAAUGCUGAAACGAGGCCAAUUUGAGGAGUAUUACAGGCCAAAGGAGAUUGCAAUCGGUCCUAUUCAUGCUAGCCACUUGGAUAACAAUAAUGAAAUCGAUCCUAGUCAUGCUGAUGGCCACGACAAAGACUUGGAUAAGAUGAAUCUCAAGCAUAGAUUGGGGCGAAGAUUUAUUCAAGGUAGCGGCAGCGGCAGCGGCCGCUAUGACUAUGCAGUGAAUUCACUCAAAGUAAUCAAGCAAGGAAAUUUCUGUAACUUGUUCGAAGAACGGUAUGGUGAAGACGAACUGGCCAGGAUGUUGUUUGUAGAUGGGUGUGCAGUACUCCAAUUUAUAGACAGUUAUGUUAAUAAUGACAUAAAAGAGUCUGAUGGGAUUAGCAUUGCCCAAGCUGAUGAUAUUCGUCAUGAUUUGUUUUUGCUGGAAAACCAAAUUCCCUUUAAAGUACUCGUGAUAUUGAUGAGGUUGAGUCACAAAGGGGUUAAAUUGGCAGAAAACGUCUAUCGUUUUAUUUCUAUGAACAUUAUGGCACCGGCAAUAUAUUAUGAGGGACGGCUCGAUCAGAACAUAAGUCGUUUACCGAAACAUCCGAAAGACCUUUUUAAAGAAGAUAAUGUGGCUGUACCUGUUCAUCUUCUUGACCUUCUCAGAUCAGAGCUCUUAUUUGAUGGUGAUGAGGGGCUUAAGGAAGACGGUGAAGAUAGUAAUUCACCCUCUUACUACAAACGGUCAUUUCGCAACGUUCAAGAUCUUAAGGAAGUUGAUAUAAAGUUCAAAGCUGACUAUUCACGUGGCCUGAGAUCUGUAUCUUUCUCAAAUCGAUUAUUUUUUUCCCCUAAACUUAAGCUUCCACCGUUGAUUGUGGAUAAGUCAACAAAAAAAAAGUUGUUGAACUUGGUUGCUUAUGAGAUGUGUCCCGAUAACAGUAAGCAAGACUACACCGUUGCUUGUUAUUUGAGGUUAUUAGAUUCACUCAUUGACUGUGAACAAGAUGUUAAAGAUCUGAGAUCAGCUCAUAUACUUCGAAAUCAUCUUAGUAGCGACGAAGAAGUAGCUAAUUUGUUCAACAGCGUAGGCAGCUACUUGGUGCCCCGUGACGUUUAUGUGGCUGAGAAAAAAAAAAUACAAAAGCAUUAUGAAAGAAAGAUGGCUUCUUGGACAGCUCAGUUUCGUCAAGAACAUUUUAGAAAUCCCACCACUUUCUUCGCUUUUCUGGUUGGACUAGUGAUUCUUGCAGCAACAUGUAUUCAGGCUAUUUACACUGUCCAUCCUCAAAAGGAUUGAGCAAAUACAUAUCGUUCUUACAGGAAUUGGCUUGUUGAUCUUGAGGUUACUCUUCUAUUAUUCAAUAAUUUGCGAAGCGUGAUUGGAUUGUAUUAUGUUUAUAAACGUAUCUUUAGUUAAUGUUGUUGUUGUGUGAAAUUGGAAUAAGUGUGUCCAAAUAUAUGGAACAUUCAUCAAUAAUAAUAGUUAUAUCUUGUGUUUGUGUUGUUCGCAUAUA